AUGGGCAGUUUUGGCAGUCUUCUGGCCAGCUUGGCUGGCUCUAAGGCUGACAUGGAGGUAUAUUCAAAGCUCACUUCUGAGAUGGAAGGAAAUUCUUCGACUGUUACCCAUGUCCUGACGAAGUACCUUGAACUCAAACAGAGUCUUACUACAAAGAUUGAAGCCUCUUCGGAGACUAGCUCCCUGUAUCCUAUGUAUCAGGCUAUGCUAAAACGGGUCAAAAAGUAUCUUAACAAGGCGAUGGAAUGUGAAACUCUUGUAAUUGCCAAUAUCUUGCAUCCCUGUUACAGGAUGCAUAUCUUUGAGCUUGCGUUUGGAUCAUAA